CUCUGUGACCUUCUGCCUCCGCCCUCGCCGUGCCUCUCCACGCUGCUCCACCGCACGCCCGAAGCUCCCCUCCGCCUACUCGACACGCCCCUCACCGCACACAGCAGGCUCAGCGACAUGGGCGCUGCCAGGAGCUCUGGCCCUCUCUGCUCCCGUCCCAGCUCCGCAUGAGCACAGCCAACAUGCCGUCCCUCGCCAGCAGCCACGCGCACCCCAAUCCGCUCGCUUCCCACGCCCCCACCUCGGCCCUCGCCAGCAUGGACGACCCGCAACCCUCGCCCUCGCCCGGCACCCCCGCCCACAUCUCGCCCACCACGCCCACCGCCAACGUGUCGCAGCAGACGACCCGCCCCAGCACGCCCUCGCUGCGCCCAGACCUCGUGCGCGCAAGGAGCGACUUUGGGCCCCGCCAUCCUGCGCCGUCCGAGAGCGCCGACGAGGCCAGCACCGACGGCCACUUCAAGAUCCGCCAUGGCUGGGACGACCAGCUGAACUCGGAGGAGUACAGCAACAUGCUGACGUCGAACUUCUUCAUGUACUACACCGACAAGAAGCACGAGACGGGCGGCCACCCCAAGAGCGAGGCCAGCGCAUUCCCCAUCCAGGAGUGGCGCAUGCGCGACCGCUUGAAGACCGUCUCUGCCGUCCUCGCCCUGUGCCUCAACAUUGGCGUCGACCCGCCCGAUGUCAUCAAGACAAAUCCCUGCGCAAAGGAGGAGUGCUGGAUAGACCCGACCGUCACGUCGCAGACACCUGGCCACACCCCCAUGAACCAGAUCGGCAAGGCCCUGCAGACGCAGUACGAGCAGCUGAGCAUGCGCACGCGCUACAAGCUGCUGCUCGACCCAACGACCGAGGAAACAAGGAAAUACACGUCUACACUGCGACGCAAUGCUCGCAAUGAGAGGGUCCUCUUCCACUACAACGGCCACGGCGUCCCGAAACCAACCUCUUCUGGCGAGAUUUGGGUCUUCAACCGCAACUACACCCAAUACAUUCCUCUGUCGCUAUACGACCUGCAGAGCUGGAUUGGGGCCCCGAGUCUGUUUGUAUACGACUGCUCCGACGCCGGUAUCAUCAUCAGCAACUUCAACAGGUUUGCCGAGAAGCAUCAAACCGAGUUCGAGGAGGCGCGUAGGAGGGACUCCAGUGUCGAGUAUGUAGAUUUCAGCGACUGCAUCCAUCUAGCGGCGUGUAGAGAAAAAGAGUCUCUUCCCACAAAUCCGGAACUGCCUGCAGACAUGUUUACUGCCUGCCUGACAGAUCCCAUCACCAUGGCUGUGCGAUUUUUCAUACUGCAAAAUCCUCUCCCCAGCAAGGUCGGCCUGCGGGAUGCUCACAACAUCCCCGGAAAAGUCUCUGAGCGUAGAACGCCCAUUGGCGAGCUGAACUGGAUCUUCACAGCCAUUACUGACACAAUCGCCUGGAACUCCCUGUCGAAGCCCCUGUUUAAGAAACUGUUUCGCCAGGACCUCAUGGUUGCUGCUCUCUUCCGCAACUACCUCCUAGCACAACGCAUCAUGCGCGUGUACCACUGCAAUCCCAUCUCCCAUCCCGAGAUCCCUCAGACGCACGAUCAUCCACUGUGGCGAAGCUGGGAUCUUGCUGUCGAGCUGAUCUUGGCCCAGCUUCCUGACCUUCAAGCCGAGGCUCGUGGCGAGAAGGAGUAUCAAUACAAGCACUCCGAGUUCUUUGCUGAGCAAUUGACGGCCUUUGAGGUGUACUUGACGCAGGGCGCCGUGGAGCAGAAGAUACCGGAGCAGCUGCCCAUAGUGCUUCAGGUUCUUCUUAGCCAAGUUCACCGCCUUCGUGCGUUGAUCCUUCUCUCGAGCUUCCUGGAUCAUGGCCCGUGGGCUGUCAAUCUCGCACUCAGCAUCGGCAUCUUUCCAUACGUGCUGAAGUUACUCCAGUCGCAGGCAAACGAACUCAAACCUGUCAUGGUCUUUAUAUGGGCUCGCAUCCUAGCCGUUGACCAGUCUUGCCAGGCGGAUCUCCUAAAAGACAACGGGUAUCAAUAUUUCAUCAACAUCUUCAAUCCCAAUUCAGGUAUUCCUAUUCAGAAUGCCAGCGAGCACCGAGCAAUGUGCGCAUUCAUCAUCUCCAUGUUCUGCAAGGACUACAACCAAGGGCAGCGUGCAUCACUCAGCACUGAGCUGGUCGAGAGUUGUUUGGACCACCUGAAAGACAUGCAAAACCCUCUGCUGCGACAGUGGUCGUCUCUCUGCUUGAGCAAGCUCUGGAUCAACUACGAAGAAGCAAAGUGGGUUGGAAUUCGUUGCAUGGCACACGAGCGAUUGUGUGAGCUUGUCAUCGACCCGGUCGCCGAAGUCAGGGCUGCAAUGCUACAUGCAUUGACGUCCUUUCUAGGCAUUCGAGACGUCACUGCUCAGGUGGCUAACAUCGAGGAGUCAAUCGCAUCCAUGGUGCUUGUCAUGACCACGGAUGGCAACAGUAUGGUACGGAGGGAGUUGCUGAUAUUUUUCUCUACUUUUGUCGCUCGCUACAAGUCGCGAUUCGUCGUCGCUGCAUUCGAGCAGUUCUCCGAAGAGACAAACGCCCACCUCUCGACGCAGGCGGAAGAUAGGAACAGCGAGGGCCUCUUCAUGAAACCCCGAGCGCCGGGAAGUGACGGUUCUUCCUCAUCAAGCCCCUGCUCGCAGAACACCAUCUACUCCGCUAUCUGGAAAGAAAUCUUGGUCAUGUCUGUCGAUCCCCAUCCCGAGAUCGCCAUGGACGCUGGAGUAGUUGUAGAUUACAUUCUGAUCGCACUCCUUGAUUCUCCACUCGCCAAAUUUGUCCAAUCGCAGUUCGAUGACAGCCUGAAGAAGACUUCCGUUCCUCGCCCGGUCCGCCGAACGCAGGAAGAGAGACCUGCCCAGCAGAUGGCUUCGACUCCACCUACGCCGUCAAAAGAAUCGGGUUAUCUGUCUCUCUUUGGAGGCAUGCGAAAAUCAACGAGCGUUGGUGCCUCUCUAAAGAGCCUUUGGACGGGGCAUGAGUCGUCAAAUUCUUCUCAAAAGGCGCCGGGCAAGGGCAAAGUGGAUGAUCUGCUAGCUUCCUCCACAGAUUCCCGUCCUCAGACUCCAGAAAAAUACCACGUCGAGGAAGAGCCAGAAUCAAGAGGGCUCAAAUCUAGGACCUUGGGUCAGAAGCCAGAAAUACCACUCAAAAGCGUGUUUUUCGAAUGGUCUGUGGAGUAUUUCCGUGAGCCGCAAAUGAAACCGACAGAGGCAGAUGAGCCUGGCAGCACAGACUACAAUGGCAGACUUUGGCGAAGAAACCGCAACGACAAGAUCAUCGCCGAGACACAACCACUGAAAGAUGUUGCAGUUUCGAAUCGAUGGGAUGUUCCCCGUGGUUACUUUGAUAACCUCAGUCAGCCCAUGAAGAUGUGCUUUCAUCAAUUCGAGGAUCACCUCGUAGUCACUGACAAUCGAGACACGGUCAAUAUCAUUGAUUACUCCAAAACGGUCAACAGGCUCAAUUGCUUCUCCAACGGCAACCCCCCAGACUCGAAGAUAACCGACGUCCGUUUCAUCAACGAGGACGACCAAGCUCUGUUGAUGAUUGGGUCAUCGGAUGGUGUCAUCAAGAUAUUCCGCAACUACGACACAAAAGCGAAGACGGAACUAGUGACGGCUUUCCGAGCCUUGACUGAUCUUGUUCCAAGCAACAAAAACGCUGGACUCGUUUUCGACUGGCAGCAGGGUAGAGGCCUGGUGCUAGUCGCUGGAGAUGUCAAGGUUAUCCGCGUGUGGAAUGCGGGGACAGAAGUGUGCACAAGCGACAUACCCGCGCGAUCAGGGUCGUGUAUCACUUCGUUAACCUCAGAUCAAGUAGAAGGUGAUGUGUUUGUUGCGGGUUUCGGUGACGGUGCUAUACGAGUCUACGACCAGCGUCAGAAACCUGCAAGUGCCAUGGUCAAAGUUUGGAAAGAGCACAAACAAUGGGUGACCAAUGUCCACCUACAACGCGGCGGGCAACGUGAACUCAUCAGUGGUUGCCGAAGUGGAGAGGUCAAAUUAUGGGACAUUCGCAUGGAUCGGAGUGUGAGAACCAUACAAGCGACGACUGACCAUCUUCGCACGCUGAGCGUUCACGAGCAUGCGCCCGUCUUUGCAACUGGAACACAGAAGCAUCGGGUCAAGAUCUUCAACAUUAACAAUGGUAAGCCUGUGUCGUGCUUCGAGCCAUACUCGGGCUUCCUCCGCGAUCGAUCAGCGCCCAUAUCGGCUACGGCUUUCCAUCCCCAUCGUCUUAUGAUUGCGGCUGCAGCUUUGCAUGAUAACCACGUCAACAUCUUCUCCUGCCACGAGCCGAAGAAUCCCACGCUUAAGACGGUGAAGCUGUGGGAGGGUAGUACCACUUCUUCUGGCCGAGCACCCUCAUUCACUUGAGUGAUCAUCUUGUUAGGUAGACUUAUUUCUUUGGUACGAGGAGGCUAGUAGGUGAAGGAGCAUUGAAAGAUAUGGCGUAAACGGUGCAGAUACUUUGGUUCCACGGCAUAGCUAGCGGACAGGGCAUUGGGACAUGGCGUAUGGCGUGCUUAGGUUGCACAUGGGGGCUUCAUCAUGACCAUGCGUGGCGUGCAGUAUAGUAGUUGGUAUGUUAAUGAUAAAAUAUAAUUUGGUCGAGGU